ACUACCGCACACUCCGUGGCGACAAAGAACCGUUGAAUUUCCUGCAUGCGUGUAUGUGUGUGCGUGUGCACCGUAUUUUGUCCAAUAAAAACUUUUAUUUAAUUUCAUGUCAUGUCUAUUUUUACUGGCCUAAACAUGUGGCAGUUCGAUGAGGGCAAGUGCCACAUCUGCCAGCGUGUAUUUUGUUGCGGUAAAUGCCGCAGUAAGCAUCAGUUCAACACCCACGCCAUUGCAGUGAGAGAUCCCCUCGCUGUGGCCAGUGCUGUCGGCGGCAUAGUCGAGCAUAAAAUCGAAAUGGAGUCGGGCCGUACGACAAUCUACGUGUUCUGUCCGAUAUGCGAGAGAAAGCCACUGAUGCUGUGCGAGGAAAUCUAUGCGGAGCUACUGGAACACAUUGAGACCGCCCACCUGCCGCUGCGGUGCCGCAAGUGCCAGCGCAACUACACAAAGAUCAGCGAUCUGCGUGAGUUCAGCAAGUGUGUGGACAUGCGACAGGAAUGCAGUGGCAUCAGCAGAAGCGAUCUGACAGCCAAUACGGAUGCAUCCAAGGUGACUGUGAAGCAGGCGCUGGCCCUGGUGCCCCUGUGCACCAGCAGCAUUUCCACGCAAACCUCGCCGGGCAUGACGCCCAUUUCGCUGAUCAAUAUGCGCUGGAAGGCCAAGAGUCGUGUCACCACCCACGAGGAGAUGAUCAGCGACAGUGUCUCCUCCAUCAGGAAUAUAUCAUCCAUCAGCAAUGGCUCGAUUAGGCGCAGCAUCGGUCAGUUGUCCAGCCUGCAUGAGACUGUCGAAAAGGGCAAGGUAAUUCGUUCCACUUCGACCCCCGUCCAGCUGGAGUCGAUGUUUGCCAAGCCCAAGGAGCCGCUCACCUUUAAUGCCUCCAACGGCGGACACGUGUCGAGCAUCUAUCAGGAGGAGGCAAGCCCGGCCCUUGAGGGAAAUCCAAUCCAGCAGCAGCAGCAACAGCUGCAGCAACGUCCCUGGAAAAUGGGCGCACGCAGCAAAAUGACUGCCGUGACUCCGCUGCGUCAGGUCAUGUCCAAGAGCAUUCAGAAGGCGUUUGUCGAGCAUGGUGCAAUGCUUGUUCCACCCCCGACCGGCCUCAUGCAGCGCCGUGUGCGUCUCGAUCUCAGCGACAACAAUAACUACUCGGCCGAUGGGGCAGCAGCAGCAGCAGCUGGAUCAUCUGCUCUAGAUCUACGCCUUUCACCCGUCGUUCGACGCACACAAAGUGAGAGUUCGUCCAGUGCGUCGGAGGCGGCGAGUUCCUUGCUGCAUCCCCAUGACGUUUACCAGCGACAAUUUAUGCUCUCGGCCCAAAAGCUGACCACAGAGUCGAUUAUCAUCACCAGGACCAUGCCCUCAAGCAUGGGGGAGAGCAACGGGUCCACCGUUUACAAUUCCUGCGAGAGUGUGGAGAUCAUUCGAUCCACUUCGGAGUCGGCAGAGGUGCAUGUGCCGCCCAUUACACCGAUAACUCGAGUUUCGGGCGCUGCCAUUAACAAGAAGCAGAUUAAGUUUGAGACGCCGCACAAGAGCCUGGAUGCAGCCUCGCAGAGUGGCGAGGAGGAGAGCAAGGAUACGUUCUACACACCAAAUCCGGGCACACCGGAGCGGCGCAGACCGACGAUUGUGCCGCGACAGAUAAGCGGCGAGUUCUCACCCGCCAUCAAGAAGGAGAAGUCAUCCACUAUGCAUCGUGUGACAUCGCCACCGGAUCGGCCCAGAGCUCGUCCGCCGCUGCGAGAUUGCCACAAGGUGAGAGCCUUCAGUGGUGUCCAGGAUCUGCCGGUGGGUCAAAGUCUUGUCGUGGAGGAAGAUGAGGAUGAUGUAUUUUUGCCCACGAAUGCCUCCACGCGAAAAGAUAAGAAGCGGGAUCAGGGCACUGGACGUCUCUGGUCCAUAAUGAGCACCAUGAUGCGUCUGCCGGCCACGCUGCGUGGCGACAAGAAUGACAGAGAGAACAAUGAAACGUCUGGCUCUGGCUCCCUGAUCAGACGUUGCGCCUCGAUAGCAGGCUCUCUGGUGCGCACCUCCAGCCGGGAUGGGGAUGAUGGGCCGCCCCUGAAGCGGAAGCGUACUCAGACAUUGGAUAAUAAUCUGUACUGCACAUCAAUGUCGCCGUCCAGUUCGUCAAAGCGGUAUCGCAUCCGGCCAAGGGAACCCAUUGAGCGCAUGCGCCACAAGUAGCUAAUAGUUUUAUGUAUUUUAUUUAAUGUUCAUCUCAUUUUUUAUGUUCAAUUAAAAGUCUGUGUUUUU